CCCUUCGAAGAAUGGGACUACGCCGAGACGGCGACGUGGGGCUGGGUGAUUCUCAUUCUUACUUGGGUGGUAUUCAUCGUCGGCAUGGGCUCCUGCCUAGGGGUGUGGUCGUGGGCAUGGGAUGUUGGGGAGACACCGUAUGCACCGCCGGAGCUGGAAGACGAUCCGACGCUGCCGAUUGUCGGGUACUAUCCUGCGCUGCUGAUCUUGAGCUCCGUGAUGGCGUGGGUGUGGGUCAUUGUUGCGUGGGUGGGAAUGAAAUACUUCCGACAUGCUAAAGUUGGGGUGGAUGAAUGA